CUUCUCUCAAGGGAAAAAAAAAAAAAAAAACAAAAGAAUCCUCCGCCUCUCUUGGUUGAUGCAUCUCAAUUCCGAAAACUUGAAGAUAAAUCCAUGAAUCGAGCACUGCAAAAAGCUCUUUAAUUGUGAACUACAAUCCCAUUCCGUUCCAGUGAAUGGGUAGAUGGAGAGCUGCCGCUUCUCUAUUCUUCAACCACAUGACCAGAAGGCCGUCCUCCAAUCCUUCUCUUGCAAACUCUUUUCAUAUCCCUCUCUCUUCACACCCAUCUCUUCGUCUUCUUUCUCCAAGAUCAUUCUCUGCAAUCCCAUCUCGAGUUCUCGUUUAUACCAAUGAUUCGGAUUAUGGGUCACUUGAUUUGUGUCAGAACCAUGGAUUGGUACUCAGAGAAGAAGAGAAAACCAGCAAGAUUCCCAUCAAGGCCUACUUCCUUUGCACCAGUAUUGAUUUGAAGAGAUUGCAAGCUGAGAAUUUAAGCAACAUUGUGCCCCCUACCUCUCGAUCAUCAAAUUAUAUUGCCCUCAGAUAUUAUGAUUUCCCUCCAGAAAUUACUGCACUUGGGGUGAAAGAGAAUGCAAGCAGCUGCCGAUACAUGGUUGUGUAUCAGUAUGGAUCUGCUGUCUUGUUUAACAUUGAGGAGGAUGAAGUUGAAAGUUACCUGGAAGUGGUCAGAAAAUAUGCAUCUGGGUUACUUCCUGAGAUGCGGAAAGAUGAUUAUACUGUAAAAGAGCAGCCAUCGUUGGUUAAAGAUAUGCAGGGAGGGCCAGACUACAUUGUUCUCAAAACUUUGGACACUGAUAGUAUCCGCAUCAUUGCAAGCGUGCUUGGCCAGAGUAUUGCUUUGGAUUAUUUUGUGUCCCAGGUUGAUGGAAUGGUUGAAGAGUUUGCUGGUAUAAACCGUGCAAUGGAAAAGACUGGAACUUUCACAAUGGAUAGAACAAAGCUCAUUCAGCUUGUUGGAAAAGCUAAUUCAAAUCUAGCUGAUGUAAUUCUCAAAGUUGGUCUUUUUGAUAGAUCAGAAAUUGCUUGGAGAGAUGCUAAAUAUGCUCUAAUAUAUGAGUACCUUCGGGAGGAGUAUGAGGUAACACAGCGCUUUGGAAAUCUGGAUUUCAAACUAAAAUUUGUUGAGCACAACAUUCGUUUCCUUCAAGAAGUUAUCCAAAACAGACGGUCAGAUCUCUUGGAGUGGUGCAUCAUUUUUCUUUUAAGUGUUGAGAAUAUAAUAGCAAUUUAUGAGAUUUUUCAUGACUCGACUGGAGCUUCUUUUUGAUUUGGCCAGCAAUUGUGGAAGUUAAGAUAGGCAAAUUAUGUAAUCGACACAGUAGCCAAGCCACAUUCAUCAAAAACUGAAAAAUGUUCAAUGUCAUUUUUCUUUAUAAGUUCCCUGUUUUUUAGUCUGAAUUAUACUGAAUUGAAAAUUAAGUACAUUGAAUGGGGGAACAACCUCAAAUAAUCUAUUAGAGUCGACUGCCAGUCUAAUGGUAUAUGUUGUGCAAUUUGUGUUGCAUGACAGUUUUUUGAUACUUUAUUUUAGCUCUCGUUUUGUAUUUGUAAUAAUUGAUCGGAAAAAAAAUGCUUUUUACAACAUUUUGAUUGAAUGGAAUGGCGGCAAUUUUUUUUUCAAU